AAAGUGGAGUAACCUGAGUUAUCACUUAUCACCUUCACUUCUCACUCUGGGGAGCAAUGCCAAUGGCGUUGAAACCAAAGCCAAAUUCCAAUUUCCUGUAUCAGUAACGCAAAUUCCCUUACUGCCCUUUCCAUUGCUGCACUCCCAAAUCAGCACCUACUCCUCAGUACCCAGUCAAGCCACGCAACUAUUAAAUCUUUUUUUCCUUUUUUUUCUUUUUGGUGGAUUAGGCCACUUAUUAAUUGAUAAUUAAUUCUUGCAACGCUUGCAAGAAACCCUCGAGAGUAGUCAUCAGAUUACACCUACUUGUUUAUGUUGGAAUCUGUAUUCAUUGGUAUUGGACUGAAAUCAGAACUCAUUCAAAGCUUCUUCGUUUUCAGGGAAUGUUAGGUCGAGGAGGAGCAUAAAGAAGUCGGUUAUGGCGCCUCCACCGGUUCUGGCUUUAGCGCUGCCAUCAGGGACGGGUCGGGUUCUGAGUAUUCAGUCGCACACUGUUCAGGGAUAUGUGGGCAACAAAUCGGCUGUCUUUCCUUUACAAUUACUCGGUUAUGAUGUUGACCCAAUCAACUCAGUACAGUUCUCAAACCACACAGGAUAUCCUACUUUUAAGGGUCAGGUUUUGAAUGGAGACCAACUUUGGGAUUUGAUAGAGGGCCUUGAAGCUAAUAAUUUAUUGUAUUAUACACAUCUACUUACAGGUUAUAUCGGUUCAGUCUCCUUCUUGAAUACUGUUCUAAAAGUUGUCGAUAAGCUAAGAUCCAUCAACCCCAACCUUACAUAUGUUUGUGAUCCAGUAUUAGGUGAUGAAGGAAAGCUCUAUGUCGCUCAGGAAUUGGUAUCUGUAUACCGAGAGAAGGUUGUCCCUGUUGCUUCUAUGUUGACUCCGAAUCAAUUUGAGGCUGAACUGUUGACAGGUUUCAGAAUUGUAUCUGAGCAAGAUGGUAGGGAAGCUUGCAACAUUCUCCAUGCUGCUGGACCAUCAAAGGUUGUCUUAACGAGCAUAAAUAUAGAUGGCAAUCUUCUUCUAAUUGGCAGCCAUCAGAAAGAAAAGGGUCAACCUCCUGCACAGUUCAGGAUUUCAAUUCCCAAAAUUCCCGCAUAUUUCACGGGAACGGGAGAUCUUAUGACUGCACUUUUGCUUGGAUGGAGCAAUAAAUAUCCCGACAACCUUGACAAAGCAGCAGAGCUUUCUGUAUCAAGCUUGCAGGCACUUCUGGUUAGGACAGUAAACGACUAUACAAGGGCUGGGCAUGAUUGCCAGUCAAGCAGUUUAGAGAUUCGUUUAGUACAAAGUCAAGAUGAUAUUCGGAACCCUGAAAUCAAAUACAAGGCUGAGAUAUACAACUAAGAUACUUGUUGCAUUGUUUCUGCACCCGUGAUAAAAUCCAUUCAACACAAUAUCUAUAUACAGUUUAGUUAACAGGUCCUUGGUAUGAACAAACAUGAAAAUAGAUACUGUAAUUUUGCGUCCGGCAAUAGGGAUAAAAGAGUCCAUGUCGUGGCGUGAAUUUUCAUCCUCUGUGUUCUAUUUUCAAUUGGUUUCAUGGAAUACGUGGAGAUAAGAGGUAAUUGGGUGAGAAAUGGUAUCGAUGAAGCGCCUCUCAGUGCCAUGAUUAUGCAAAAAUUGCAGGUAAAGUAGAAAUAGGAAGUGUGUUUCUGUACUUGAAUGUAGCAUUUGGUGGGCUUUGAAGUGUUUGUAGAAACUGUUGUAAAUGGAGAUGUGAAAAGCCUCUGCAAAAGUUGCAGAUUUUAGUUUGUAGCUAAAAUUGAAGGUGUUCUAAAAUAGUAUUGAACACCAGGAAAAAGUUAAAGUUGGAAUGU